GCGCGCGGGCGCUGGCGUUGACGCUUCAGAGGGCCGCUGUGGCCUGGGCGGUGGCGGUGGCCUCCUCGGAGUGGUGCGGAUGGGGUAGCCCAGGGGCUGCUGGCGGCCCUGCUGCGAGGCCGGGGAGAGCCCGGGGAGAGCCCGGGAAGCCCGCCGCUGCCUCCCGGGCGACAACACAAGCCAGCUUGAGCAGGGAGAUGGCGUUUCGGGACUGCUUCCGUCUGGCAUAUCCUCACAACCCUCGCCCAGCAGACUUGAUUGAAGUGUUCCGUCCUGGCUACCAGCACUGGGCCCUGUACUUGGGUGAUGGCUAUGUUAUCAACAUUGCCCCUGUAGAUGGCAUUGCUUCGGCACUUUCAAGCGCCAAGUCUGUGUUCAGCACAAAGGCCUUGGUGAAGAUGCAACUUCUGAAGGACGUCGUGGGAGAAGACAAGUACAGAGUCAACAACAAGUAUGACACGACAUACCCGCCUCUCCCCGUGGAGGAAGUGAUAAUGCGGUCUGAGUUCGUGAUCGGGCAGGAGGUGGCCUACGACUUACUGGUCAACAACUGUGAGCACUUUGUGACCUUGCUCCGCUAUGGAGAAGGAGUGUCAGAUCAGGCCAACCGAGCAGUAAGCACCAUUGGGUUUGUGGCGGCCGCAAUCGAUAUCUUCACAUUCCUUGGCUUGUUCUCAAAGAGACAAAGAACAAAAUAUUAGCAGCUUAUUGAAGAGAUUGAAAUUGAAGGAAUCUGCGAGGAGACGGAAAUUCUGGGGUGAAUACUUAUUUUGAAUGCAUCAUUAUUUCUCCCGGUCCCCAUGAUGGAUGGCAGACUCUGUAAUAAAUUGCUUGCUGAUUUUAAUCUUA